AUAAUCCCUGUAUAGUAAUCCAAACAAACUGAUCCGCGGACAGAAUCUCAUCUCAUCCAAACACAGGAGACAGAAACACUUGGGACACGACUGUGUCUCUCGAUUAGUGUUAAUGCUGCGAAUGUGUCAGAGCUGGAGAGUUUAUUACGCUGCGCGAGGAUCGGUGAGAAAAUCCGACGGAUGAUCGAUGAAAACAUGAUCCGCAGAGAGAGCUUCAGACAGAAUAAACCGUUAAAAAGCGCUCGGUUCAAACUCUAGACUUCACUGACGAUCAAAACCAUCUCGAGCUCGAGCUCAUGGCGUUUCUCGUCAAGAAGAAGAAGUUCAAGUUUCAGACUCUCGUAACUCUGGAGGAGCUGACAGCUGUGCCGUUUGUCAACGGGGUUUUGUUCUGUAAGAUCAGACUGCUGGAUGGAGGAGAUUUCACCGCUUCAUCAUCCAGAGAAGAGGUCCACCAGAACGCCGUUCGCUGGAGGAAGAGGUUCUCCUUUGUGUGCAAAAUGAGCGCCAACCCCGACACCGGCGUUCUGGACCCCUGCGUGUGUCGCGUCUCUGUCAGGAAGGAACUCAAAGGAGGAAAAGCAUAUUCAAAGCUGGGCUUUGCUGAUCUGAACAUGGCGGAGUUUGCUGGCUCGGGCUCCACCGCACGCUGCUGUCUGCUGGAGGGAUACGACACCAAGAACACCCGGCAGGACAACUCCAUCCUGAAGGUGACCAUCGGAAUGACCCUCUUAUCCGGAGAUCCCUGUUUCAAAACUCCUCCAAGCACGGCCAAAUGUAUAUCUGUGGCCGGUCGAGACCCUUCCCUGCAGCUGGACUGUAAAGGAGAAGGAACCGCUGAGGUUUUGCCCCGACUGACUAAACAGAGACCUUCUGUACUCAGCUCUGCUCUUCCCGAGGAGGUGGAUCAGGGUCAAAGUCCUGAUGAAUCGUUUCACACGGGACAUUCACGCAACUCGAGUUAUGCCAGUCAGCAGAGCAAGCUAUCAGGCUACAGCACGGAGCACUCCCGCUCCUCCAGUCUGUCUGAUCUGACCCAUCGCAGGAACACAUCUACAGGCAGCAGCGUGAGCGCCGACCCCCCGUCUGAGAGCGACACCCGUCCCGAGCGGCCUCCACGCCCCCCGCGGCCCAUCUUACCCUCCAACAGACCGCUACGGAGGAAGCAGGAUUCGGUGGAGGAUCGCCCGAGCUGGGUCAACGACACGCGUAUCGACGCAGACGACAUCGUGGAGAAGAUCGUACAGAGUCAGAACUUUUCAGACAUCAGUAACAAUGAAGAUAGUAACCUGAGACUGUUUGUGAGCCGAGACGGACGGACAGCGCUGAGCGGCAUCCAGCUGGGAGACAGAGUCUCUGCUGGAGUGUACGAGCCGGUCGUCAUCGAAAGCCAUUAGAUUUACACCCGUGGUGUUCCUGAGUCAUCAUGUUAUCAUCAAAACACUGAAAUAAUCACACAAAUCUACUCCAAUCACCUGUUGAAUCAGAGCAACAUCUAAAUCUAAAUUAGUCCAGAUACAUGUUUCAGAGCCAAACCACUGCAGAUGCCUGAAGCACACCUCAUAACGCUUUCCCCCGGAUCUAACAGUGUCGUGAUGCUGCACUAUAACACUAUAGUUUUUCUUCUGGAUAGAGAUCUGAUCUUAUAUCUAUGGAAGCAUGUUUCUGACAGGAUAAAAAAAAAAAAAAAAAAAAAAGGUAAUUGUGGAGAAAAAAAGUAAGAAUUGCUACAUUUAAGUUCAAAACGGCAAGAAUUACAAGAUAUAAACUCACAAUUCUGAGAAAAAAUUAUUAUUAAUUUUUUCUUUUUUUUUGUUCCAUGGUGGAAACAAAAAAAAAACUCAAUUGCAGGUCAUAAAUUCAGAAUUGAGACGUACACUUAAAAUUCUGAAUUGAAAUCUCGCAGUUCAUUUUUUGUAUCUCACUUUUUUCUUGCAAUUCUUGCAAAUCUUACUUUUUUUCCCCCUCAGAUUUGAUGGAAACAAAGCCCAAAUUGUGAAAUUCAAAAGUGGCAAUAACCUUUUUAAUUUUUUAAUUGGCUGUUGGAAACAGGCUUCCAUGCACACCCCUGAGUGCAGCUGCACAUUAUUGUCGUCUGCUUCUUCCUUUCACAUCUGUGAGUGUACUUGUGUUUCGCUGUCGUCCGAGUCUGAUGCCAUGUUUUUCAGUUGCAUUGAACACUAAGUUUUGACAUGAUAGGCUCUUUAGGUGGGCUUCUCCUGGAGCACCAGCCGGUCUGAGUGCUGUGAAAGGACCAGAGAUGUCAUCUUUAAACUUGUUGCUGUGCAGCACAAAACUCCCUCCCUACAGAUUCUAGUGUUAUAAAACCAGUUUAAUGCACUUUACAAGAUAAUCUCAACCAAAACUGUCCAGGUCACAUUGAACCUCAAAAUCACAAUGAGAAGAAAUUCUUUCUUUAUAGAGAUUUACAAUUAUAGAAAAAAUAAAGGAAUAUUUUCCCCUGAAAAUGAAAAUUUCCAGAAAAUGUGCUCACCCUCGGGUCAUCUAAGAUCAGGAUGAGUUUGUUUCUUCAUCAGAUUUGGAGAAAUGUAGCACUGCAUCAGUGUCUCAGCAGUGGAUGCUCUGCAGUGAAUGGGUGCCGUCAGAAUGAGAGUCCAAACAGCUGAUAAAAACAUCACAAUAAUCCACACCACUUCAGUCCAUCAGCUAACAUCUGGAGACAAAAGCAUUUUUGUAUUUCAAUAUUCACGAAACAAACUCCUCUACAUCUGAGGAUGAGUACAUUUUCAGCAAAUUUUCAUUUGUCUGUAUUCACAAUGAUUAUUUUCAUUUAAAUGUUUGCUUUAUUUUUAUUUUUUUCUCAUU